GGCGGAGCCAGCCCGCCGGUUUUCCCGCCAGCGGCGCGCGCGGGCCGUUACCGCGUCCGCGCGCUCCUGUGAGGCGAUGAGGAGGAGCCUGGCCCCCAGCCAGCUGGCCAAGAGGAAGGCGGGCGAUGAAGAUGAGGAAGAGGAGGAGGAGGACUGGCAGCCCCCGGCGAGUCGGAAGAGGCAGAAGGCAGCCGGUGAGACGGAGAGUGGAGAAUGCUACAGGUCGCCUUUCCGCAAACCCUUGGCUCAGCUGACCAACAGACCCCACUGCCUGGACAGCAGUCAGCACGAGGCUUUUAUCCGCAGUAUUUUGUCCAAACCCUUCAAAGUCCCCAUUCCAAAUUAUAAAGGGCCCCUGGGCUUGCGCUCGCUGGGUGUCAAACGGGCAGGACUGAGGGGUCCUCUCCAUGACCCAUUUGAGGAAGGAGCUCUGGUUCUGUACGAGCCCCCAGUGCUGAGUGCCCAUGACCAGCUGAAAAUGGACAAGGACAAGGUACCUGUCCAUGUUGUGGUGGAUCCUGUCCUCAGCCGUGUGUUACGACCCCAUCAGAGAGAAGGGGUGAAAUUCCUCUGGGACUGUGUGACGAGCCGGCGGAUCCCUGGGAGCCAUGGCUGUAUCAUGGCAGAUGAAAUGGGGCUGGGAAAAACUCUCCAGUGCAUCACGCUCAUGUGGACGCUUCUCCGGCAAAGCCCGGACUGCAAGCCCGAAAUCGAGAAAGCCGUGGUGGUGUCUCCCUCCAGCCUGGUGAGAAACUGGUACAAUGAAGUAGAGAAAUGGCUGGGGGGAAGGAUCCAGCCGCUGGCCAUUGAUGGAGGCUCCAAAGAAGAGAUUGACCGUAAACUAGUUGGCUUUAUGAACCAGCGUGGCCUGCGAGUGCCUUCACCCAUCCUGAUUAUCUCCUAUGAGACCUUCCGACUGCACGCCGAGGUGCUGCAGAGGGGCAGUGUUGGGCUGGUCAUAUGCGAUGAGGGCCAUAGACUGAAGAACUCUGAAAAUCAAACUUACCAGGCACUCAAUAGCUUAAACACACCUCGACGAGUCCUUAUCUCAGGCACCCCUAUUCAGAAUGACCUGCUGGAGUAUUUCAGCCUGGUGCACUUCGUCAAUUCAGGCAUCCUGGGAACUGCACAGGAAUUUAAAAGACAUUUUGAAAUGCCCAUCUUGAAAGGAAGAGAUGCAGAUGCAAGUGAAGCUGAGCGACACAAGGGGGAAGAGAGGCUUAAAGAGUUGAUCAGUAUUGUGAACAGGUGUUUAAUUCGGAGAACUUCAGACAUCCUGUCCAAAUACCUGCCAGUGAAGAUUGAACAGGUGGUCUGCUGCAGACUGACACCUCUGCAGACUGAGCUGUACAAGAACUUCCUGAAGCAAGCAAAGCCAGUGGAGGAGCUGAAGGAGGGCAAAAUCAGUGUGUCAUCUCUCUCUUCCAUCACAUCUUUGAAGAAGCUCUGUAAUCAUCCUGCUCUUAUCUAUGAUAAAUGUGUGGAAGAGGAAGAAGGAUUUAUGGGAGCUCUGGGCUUGUUCCCUUCUGGCUACAGCACCAAAUCUGUGGAGCCCCAGCUUUCAGGAAAGAUGCUGGUUUUGGAUUACAUCCUUGCUGUCACCAAAAGCACCAGUAACGACAAGGUGGUUUUAGUGUCUAACUACACUCAGACACUGGAUCUAUUUGAAAAGCUCUGCAGGAACAGAAGGUAUUUGUAUGUCCGGCUGGAUGGCACCAUGUCCAUUAAAAAGAGAGCAAAGAUCGUGGAGCGAUUCAACAGCCCCUCAAGCCCUGAGUUCAUCUUCAUGUUAAGCAGCAAAGCCGGUGGUUGUGGUUUGAACCUGAUCGGAGCCAACAGGCUGGUGAUGUUCGACCCCGACUGGAACCCAGCCAACGAUGAGCAGGCCAUGGCUCGCGUGUGGCGGGACGGCCAGAAGAAGCUGUGCUACAUCUACCGACUGCUCUCGACAGGGACCAUAGAGGAGAAGAUCUUCCAGCGCCAGACCCACAAGAAAGCCCUGAGCAGCUGCGUGGUGGAUGAAGAGCAGGAUGUUGAAAGGCAUUUCUCACUUGGGGAGCUGAAGGAGCUCUUCACAUUGAAUGAGACCACCACCAGUGACACCCAUGACAAGAUCAAGUGUCGCCGCUGUGUGAACGGGCACCAGGUGCGGGCCCCUCCCGACGGCUCCGACUGCACCUCGGACCUGUCCCAGUGGCACCACUGCGCAGACAAGCGGGGGCUGCAGGACUCUGUGCUGAAGACUGCAUGGGACGCUGCUGUCACCUUCACUUUCUAUCAUCACUCCCAUGAGGAGCAGCGAGGGAUUCCCUAACAGGUUACUGUCCCCUGUGGGGGCAAGGGCAGGCUCUGUGGCAGCCUGCCCCACUUUGAUUCCUUUCAAGGAAAGGGGGCAGUGGGUAGCUGUGCAUGCUGGACUGUUGUUGGCUGUGGGAUAGCACAAAAGCGUGGCUCUGGAGUGGCUGGAAGGCCCUUGGCAGUGUUCAGUCUGCUGCAGCAGCAAGGAAUCCAUGGCUUUUUCUCUGCUGUUGUAUUGUGUGCCUAAAAACCAGCCCCUUGGGAACUGGGAAUAAUGGACAUUGCCUGCUUGAUGAGAUUUAACACUGGUUCUCUUGCCUUUGGUGUCUGUGCCUUUUAUUCAGCCAGGUUUUUUCUUCAGGAGUUUUAUAGCACUUGCUGUGCAGUCAGGCUUUUUUUUUUGACAGCUCUGGCUUACAGCUGCUGAUCAAAACUUGCAGGAUCCAUUUUUGCUGUGAAAUGUGAACUGUGCUGAUUACUUGGGAACAAGAGGAUUUUGUACAGGGGGAAAAAAAUUUUAGCUCAUGUUGAGUAUCUGGCCUGAAAGAUCAUGCAAGCAGUAGGAAAUCAGGCUCUAUUCCAGUAACUCCAUUUCUAAAACCACUUGCUUUGUUAUGGGCAGGAUCCCCUGAUCUAGCAGUGUUUUAAUGAGAUCCCAUUACACGACAGUAAUAAAAUUCACUUUGGUACAUUA